AUGUCUCGUGGAAGUAACGCAGGAUUUGAUCGUCAUAUUACAAUUUUUUCUCCAGAAGGACGUGUUUAUCAAGUUGAAUAUGCGUUUAAAGCAAUAAAUUCAACUAAUCUUACUUCUGUUGCCUGUAAAGGAAAAGAUACUGCUGUGAUUGCUGUUCAGAAAAGGCUUCCAGACAAACUUGUAGAUCCAUCAUCUGUUACAAGUCUUUAUAAGAUAACUGCUAAUAUUGGUUGUGCAAUGAUUGGAAUGAUUCCAGAUAGUGAAUUUCAAGUAAAACGUGCUAUUUAUGAAGGUGCCAAUUUCAAGUAUAAGCAUGGUUAUGAAAUGUCUUGUGAACAAUUAGCUCGUAGAAUUGCAGAUUUGAACCAAUAUUAUACACAAAAUGCUGAAAUGCGUUCACUUGGUUGUGCUAUGCUUCUCAUUUCUUAUGAUUUUGAAGAUGGUCCAUGUGUUUAUCGUGUUGACCCAGCUGGUUAUUAUCGUUCUAUGAAAGCUGUUUCUGUUGGAGUUAAAUCUCAAGCUGCCACCACAUUUUUGGAAAAGAAGUACAAGAAGAAAACAGAUUAUACAAAAGAGGAGGUAAUUCAAACAGCUCUUGAAUCACUUCAAAGCUCUCUUGGAGGUGAUAUUAAAUCAUCAGAAGUCGAAGUCGCUAUUGUUACUUCGGAUACACCAACUUUCCAAUUACUUACAGUUGAGGAGAUUGACCAUCAUCUAAAUGCUAUUGCUGAACGCGAUUAA